AUCUCGCCCGGAUGGGCCCGUGUAGGCCUGGAUGUGGACCGAUCUAACCGAGCUUUAUUGUUCCCCUCCGGCUGACAGUCACACUCUGACAGCCUCAAGCGUCGUCGCGGUGCCAGGGUCGCUCUGGUUUAAAGCCGUUUCGUUCCUGCUGGCUGGAUUUCUGUCCGUCGGUUUGUGAACCGGAGCGGUCCGGCUCCACAGCCCGGAAAUUUUUUCAAAAAACAGUCGGAUGAAUCUCCACUAAUUACUGGCGAACAACACGAUUCCCCCGCUUUGGGCCACACCGAAGCCUCGGCGCAGAGUGGGGAAGCCCGCCGCUUCUCGGGCGUCGGAUCUCCGCGGCCGCUCCGCUGCAGACCCGUAACGUUUCCAAGCGGCCUUCACACGUACAUGCUGACGACUCUGGCUAAUGCAGUGGAUUCUGUAAGACGAGAAUCAAACGCGCCAAGUACAAACGCACCUGUUGCUCCAUUCUCUCUGACAUGCUCUGUCAGUAUGUAGAGCUCUAAUUUUCCAUCUGGGAGACUUUGAGAAGAUCCCGUGGAGUCGCAGCUUGAGACCAAAGCACCGUGCAGUACUUCAGUUUGUCCUCCUCCAAGCACAUCUUCUGGCAUAAUACCGUCACAGUCUGUGGUUCCCCGACGACAUAAAGUCCUGAAGACGCCAUCUGGUUGGCAUGGCGUCGGUUCCUGUUUACUGCUUGUGCCGGCUGCCGUAUGACGUCACCCGUUUUAUGAUCGAAUGUGACGUCUGUCAAGAUUGGUUCCAUGGAAGCUGUGUAGGGGUAGAGGAGGAUAAAGCCACAGACAUUGACCUCUACCACUGCCCCAACUGUCAAGUCACACAUGGCCCGUCUGUCAUGCGAAAGCGGCGUGGGACUCACAGACAGUCUGAUGGGGCAGGAGCGUCCAGGGAUGCGAGCCGUCCAGUGAAGACCGGCUCAUCUCAGUUUGUCCGUGAGCUGCGCAGCCGCACCUUUCCCAGCGCUGAGGAGGUUCUUCUAAAGCCUUCUGGAGCCCAGCUGACGGUGGACUUCCUUGAGGAGCGUUCCUUCAGUGUCCCAGUGCUGGUGCUGCGGAAGGAUGGGCUGGGCAUGACCCUGCCUCCGGCCUCUUUUUCCGUCUCUGACGUCGAGCACUAUAUAGGAGCUGAUCGGGAGAUCGAUGUGAUUGAUGUUGGUCGUCAGGCCGACCUGAAGAUGCGCUUGGGUGACUUUGUGGAAUACUACAACAGCCCCAACCGAGACAGAGUCCUCAACGUGAUCAGCUUGGAGUUUUCAGAGACAAGGCUGUCUAACCUGGUAGAAACGCCCAAGAUCGUCCGGAAGCUGUCCUGGGUAGAGAACCUGUGGCCAGAGGAAUCAGCAUUUGAGAGGCCCAAUGUUCAGAAGUAUUGCCUGAUGGGGGUCAAAGACAGCUACACAGACUUUCACAUUGACUUUGGUGGCACCUCUGUGUGGUACCAUGUGCUUCGGGGAGAAAAGAUUUUCUACCUGAUCAGACCAAGCCCAGCCAAUCUGGCUCUAUUUGAACGGUGGAGCUCUUCGUCCAACCAGAACGAGCUCUUCUUUGGAGACCAGGUGGACAUGUGCUACAAAUGCUCUGUCAAGCAGGGCAACACCCUCUUCAUACCAACAGGAUGGAUGCAUGCUGUACUGACCCCAGUGGACUGCCUGGCAUUCGGGGGCAAUUUUCUGCACAGCCUGAAUAUCGACAUGCAGCUCAGGGCAUACGAAAUUGAGAAGAGACUGAGCACAGCUGACUUAUUCCGCUUCCCCAACUUUGAAACUGUGUGCUGGUAUGUAGGCAAGCACCUCCUCGACACACUCAGAGGUCUGAGGGAAAAUCGCAGGCCCCCGGCUUCCUACUUGGUUCACGGUGCCAAGGCUCUCAACAACGCCUUCCGCAGCUGGACCCGCAAGGAGGCGGUGGCUGAUCACGCACACGAGAUCCCAGAGACCAUCAAGACCCAGCAGUUAGUGAAAGACCUGGCCAAGGAAAUACGCCUGGUGGAGGACAUCUUUCAGCAGAAUGUGGGGAAGACUGGAGCCCCAUUUGCUCCCCUUCGGGGUUUCUCCUCAUCCCUUCCUCACACCCCGAUGACAUCCCCUCCUACUCCUGGGCGCCUUCCUGGCAGAAAGAAAGCCUCCAAGUCAAAGGAUGGAGCCGCAGCCUCAGGACCCAAGAAGAGGGACAAGAAGGGCAAGGAGGCCAAGCCUGGAGCUGAAGAUCUGGACCUGCUGGAGAUACACACCAAGCACACACUCAAAAAGUUCCAGCCUUGGACCAAGGGCAAGAACAAGCUGGACCUGCCUGUCACCAGCCUGGAUGAUCUGGAGGGGAAGUUGGACAAAAGCAAGCUGAAGUUGGUGCUUACAAAUGGCAAAGAACAGGGGAAAAAGGGGAGUAAAUCAGCCAGUAGUGCUGGGAAAAUGGGUGAGGCCCAGUUUGAGGGCCUGGACAGCCCUGACAUGUCCAACUCCGAGGAGGAGCUGCAGAUCGACGAAAGCCCACCUUCCAGACGCCGGGCCGCUCGCUCCGGAAGGAAGAAACUGGCUUCAGGUCUCCCACGAAAAUUGCCCCGGGCCAAGCCGUGCUCUGACCCCCACCGAGUCCGCGAGCCAGGGGAGGUCGAUUUCGAUAUCGAGGAGGACUACACAACAGACGAAGAUGCAGUUGCCUUGCAGAGUGUUAAAGGGGGCGCUGGGGGCAUCCUGGACCUGUUGAAGGCCAGCAAACAAGUGGCUGGACUGGACCCAUCACUGAGUGAGGAAGCACCCGCCUCUCCCAGUACGCGAGACGCCAUCCAGGGCAUGCUCUCCAUGGCCAAUCCGCCCUCGUCUUCAUCUUCAUCCUCCUCUUCCUCCUCGCCUUCGUCUCCAUCCUACCCUGGCACGAAGCGGGGAUCGGGCCCCGAGAAGGUGCGGGUCGUUCAGAGGCCCGGGAAGAGACCAGUGAAGCGGCCGGCUCGUAACCUCAGCGACGACGAGCUGGAGAGCCUGGAUGAGCAGGAGACUCUGGGCACCUGCUUCAAGGACUCCGAUUAUGUGUACCCCUCUCUGGAGUCCGAUGAGGAAGACCUGGCUUUCAAAUCCAAGUUCAAGCGGAAGAGGAACUCCGGAGACACACCAUGGAACCCCAAAGCUCGGGUCACCCCAUCGCUGCCCAAACAGGAACGUCCAGUGAGGGAGAGAACGCGAGUGGCAUCUGUGGAGACGGGUCUUGCUGCCGCGGCUGCCAAGCUGGCACAGCAGAAGCAACAGAAAACCACCAAGAGGAGAUACACCAAGAAGCAGCCAAGCAGCCAGAGUCAGUCGAAAACCCCUCCGCAAGUAGCUGCUGCCGCUGCCCUGCCUCCCCCCCCUGCCUCAGAUCCCCAAGGAUACGGGCUGGGGGCUGCCUCUGAGGUAGAGGACAGAAGGGCAGAGAUUUACUCUGCCAGCCUUCUUGACCAUGAAUACACCGCCGGCCCCAGCCCGUUCGGAGGCCCCAGAGGGCCAGCUGCCAUGGCCCCGGGGGUCUUCCUCACCUCCAGGCGGCCAUCGCAGUCACCCCAAAGCAGCAGUAGCUACUCUGUCUCGUCCCCGUCACCCGCUGGGGGUGGGAGCUCAGGGGCAGCAGGAGCAGGUCAAGGAAAGCGGGGAAAAAGGGGUCUGGCCACCGCAAAGCAGAGACUAGGAAAGAUUCUCAAAAUCCACCGUAACGGAAAACUGCUCCUGUAAGAGUGGGCGGCUGGUUGGGCUGGAGGGGGUUGGGCACCUCUCAUGUCACAGGGGUCAUGGGCUUGUCCAAUGGGAAUGAAGUGUAAAUAUUUUAAGCCAAACACGCAUUAAGCUCCAUCUUUUAUUAUUGUUAUUAUUAUUAUUGUUAUUCUUUGUAGUCAGCUACUGUACUCUCGCUUUUCCUCCUCUGCAUGGUCUCUGCUCAUCUUUCUCUCACCAGAAUCUUUCAGCUCAGAAUUACCCUGUGGAGCCAGUUUAAUUGCUGUUUUAUACUACUAAGGGGGAAAAAGUUAUUGCUGCAAAGUUUCGGAAUAUAAUUGUAAAAAAGAAUUGCUGCACACAGCACUGCCUCUUCAGCGAACGUGAUCAGCUUUGCGGCUGUGGUGCGGAUUACUGCAUGCAGAUCUGAAGGUUAUUUUUAGGGGGUACUACAUAGCAUGUGAGUAGUGCAUUUACAUAUGACAAAGCAAAGCUUUGUGUGUGUGUGUGUGUGGGGGGGGGGUUUGAAUUUAGUGGUGCAGUGGGCUAGACCGGGAGAGUGUAAAAUUUUGCUAAUUCUGUAGCUUGGUUUACUGUCAACCUGUUAACAUGUGAGAUUCACUGCAUUGUGAUGGAAAGUAGGACCUAACAGAAUGGAGACACCAUUGUACAGUUGUCCCUGACUCCAGGGAUUAACUCCCAGUGCCCCUACCUGUGUGACGAAUGUCUGCAGCAAUGGGAAGCAGAGGUGAGAGCCAUUGACCUCCAGCUCAGGCAAAUGUUUCCUUUUAUUUCUGGUUUAAUGCAGGCGGCGAUCCUUCAUACUGCAUAUGUGUUGCCUCCUCAUUAUAUGCUACUCUUGUAAUCCAUUCUACUUUCCCUCUCACUUCCUUCUUGUCUACUUUCGUAUCGGUAACCUUAAAUACUGAAUUUGAUGUACAGUGCUAGCUGUCUGACUAGGGAGAGUGGACAUUUGUGCAGCAAAAUAUGAUUAUGUAAUGUUAACCACAACCAUGUUCUUUGCACCGGCUUUAAACAGCUUUGUGCACACGUGCACAUUUCAUAUGAUUUGAACAAGUUAAUCUCCAGCAGUGAAAAUACUGGAGCCUGGGGCACGAUUUCUGUGGAGGAAUCUCAUUACUUUUGAAUAUAUAGGACAGAGUGGUUGCUUUGAUGUAAUAGUAAUAUCACACCUCUUUUUGAAUUGAAGCAACAUUUUUAAUUAAAAGCCUGUGGUCCAUUUUUUGGUUAUAGUUAAAAAAUACAGUAAAAUAACUUGUACAUAGUUUGUCCAGGUUUUAGUUUAAACAAAAAAAGCUCUUUUUUUGUAAUCUAUUUUAUAUAAAAAUAGAGAAUGUUUUGUGGGAAAAACCUGAUUUAAACUGAAAUGUUAGUUAACAUUUUGUAUUUUUUGUGAACUAUCCUUUUUAUUAUCUCUCUAUUUUUGUUGUUUACUGCAGUUAUGAUUAAGGUAAUAUUUUUGAAAAGGCAAUGUUAUAUGUCCUAAGACUAUUAUAUCAAUUAUUCUCUAGUUUACUGUAAAUUUUUAUUGACCUUUUUUAAUGGUCACGUGGGUAGGGAAGAGUUGUGCUGUAAUUAAAAUUUGUUUUAAAUUGGUUAUUUUUCAGCAGCUUGUCUGUGUUUUGAACUUUUUGGCUUGUUAAUUGUUUCUCUGCUCCAAUUAGGUGAUCAGAGGUCAACAGAUACCUUUUAGUAAAAUAUCCUUAAACAAA